AUGUUCACGGUCCAGAAGCGAGCUGAGCUUGGCAAGAAAGGAUAUGUUGUCAUCGAAGACGUUCUUUCAGGAAACGUCUGUGACACCUUCGUACAGCAAUACCAGGAAUGGUUGUCUUCAUUCACAAAACACAAUAGCUGGCCGUUUUCUUACAAUUCCUUGAUCCAGAGAUACAAAGUGGGUCAUGCGGAGCCGUCCUGGAGAGUUAGGCUUGCUACAACACCAGUAUUUGCUCAACUUUGGGGAACAGAGAAACUGUUAACGAGUUUUGACGCCAUUGCUAUUGGACGUCCUCCCGAGGAAGGAUCAAAGGAGUUCCGGCGAGCCAAUCAGCACUGGCUACACUCGGACCAAUCGGCCAGUCAGAUUGGUCGACAUUGUGUUCAAGGCGCGGUCUAUCUUGAAAGUGCCGACGAGGACGACUGGACACUAGAAGUUUUGGAGGAAUCUCACAAAUACCACCAAGAGUUCAUGCAGUCACACCCAAAGGCCUUUCUCAGAAGCAGUUUGGCCAAAUUUUACCGCCUCAGAGACGGAGAGCCGGAAUGGUUUGAGGAAAAAGGUUGUCUUCGGAAAACGGUGGCGGUUCCUAAAGGCGGAAUGGUUCUCUGGGACUCGCGGUUAAUACACGCCAACGCUAAACCCGUAAAGGGUCGCCGGAACCCUGGCCGUUGGCGCCAUGUCGUGUUUGUAUGCAUGGGUCCCGCCAUUUGGGCAAGCGACAGGGACCUACAGCAGAAAUCACUGGCUUACCACCAGGUUCUAUGAACUAGUCAACAUCUGGGAACUUCAAUGAUGGUCUAUAAGCCAUGUUACGGAACCACCACUGCAGGCCAGGUAACUGACAAAUUUGCUGGUGUAAUGUUGCAGCCCAAUCAGCAAAAGCACCCUUAUUGUCCAAGGGAAUAUCAUGUAAAUUGGUCU